GAAUGUGGGAAAACUUUCAAGCAAUGCCAAUAUUUUCGACUACAUGAAAGGAAACACAGUGGAGAGAAGCCCUAUGAAUGUACAAAAGGUGGUAAAGCCUUCAGGUUUUUAAGUAGCUUAUAUAAACAUGGGAGAACGCAUGAUAAAUCUCGUGAGUAUAAGGAAUGUGGUAAAAUCUCCUGUUUUUCCAGGUCCCUCAGAGGUCAUAAAAGUAUUCAUAUUGGAAAAAAAUCUUAUGAGUGUACAAAAUGUGGUAAAGCCUUCAGUCACUUAAGUAACUUAUAUCGACAUGUAAGAACUCAUAGUCGAGAGAAGCCUUAUGUGUGUAAGAAGUGUGGGAAAGCCCUGAGUUCCUUCACCAUAUUUCAGAGACACAUGAUCAAGCACACUAGAGAUGGGCCUUUUAAAUGUAAGGAGUGCGGAAAAAUUUUCAGGUGUCCAAAGACCUUUCGAUGUCAUGAAACAUUACACAGUGGAGAAAAGCCCUAUGAAUGUAAGGAAUGUGGUAAAGCCUUCAGUUGCCUCAGAUAUCUUGGAAAACAUAAAAGAACUCAUGAUGGAAAGAAGCCUCAUGAAUGUAAGAAAUGUGGGAAAGCUUUCCGUUAUCCCUUUUCCCUCAGAAAUCAUGAAAGAUCUCAUACCGGGGAGAAACCCUAUGAAUGUAAGCAAUGUGGGAAAGCCUUCAGUCGUCUCAGUUACUUUCAAAUUCAUGAAAAAACUCAUAGUGGAGAGAAACCGUAUCAGUGUAAGCAAUGUGGCAAAGCUUUCAGUUGUCCCAUGUACUCUCGAGCACAUGAAAGAACACACAGUGGAGAAAAGCCCUACGAAUGCAAGGAAUGUGGUAAAACCUUCAGUUGUCAAAGAUAUCUUGGAAAACAUAAAAGAACUCAUGAUGGAAACAAGCCUCAUGAAUGUAAGGAGUGUGGUAAAGCCUUCCAUUAUCCCUCUUCCCUUAGAAAUCAUGAAAGAACUCAUACCGGGGAGAAACCCUAUGAAUGUAAGCAAUGUGGGAAAGCCUUCAGUCGUCUCAGUUACAUUCAAAUUCACGAAAACACUCACAGUGGAGAGAAACCGUAUCAGUGUAAGCAAUGUGGCAAAGCUUUCACUUGUGCUUUGUACUGUCAGGAACAUGAAAGAACUCAUAGUGGAGAAAAGCCCUACGAAUGUAAGGAAUGUGGUAAAGCCUUCAGUUUCUCAAGUAAUUUUCGUAAACAUGUGAAAAAACAUUCUAGAGAUAAACCCUACUAAUGUGAAGAAUGUGAGAGCCUGCAUUUUUCUCUCUUUUUUUUGAGCCUUCUUUUUUUUAUUGUUGACAAUAUUACAUAUGUCCCCCAAUUUUCCCUACCUUUACCCUCCUUCCACCCAGGCCUUAAUCACUUUCUUUUUAAGAUUUUUAAAAAUUGGGUUUUAGAAAGUAAGGGAGACAGAGAAACAUACAUGCGAGACAUUGAUGGGCUGCUUCCUACAUGACCCCCCUCCAGGGUUUGAGCCUGCAAUGCAGGCAUGUUACAUGACCAGAAAUAUAACUGACAACCUUUGGUACAUGUGACAACACCCAGCCAAAUGAGCCACAAGGUUCCAGAGCAUACUUCAUUUAUAUUUCACCUGUGCUAUGAAAACCCAGAUUGGAGAUAGACCCUAGCAAGUAAGGAAUUUUAGAAAGCACUCAUUUCUUCCAGUUUAUUAUAAAGAAGGAAGGAACUCACUCUGAAGAGAAGCCCUGUCAAUGUAAAGCUUGUAGAAAAGCCUUUCAUCAUCCUAGUUCUUUACAAAAUCAUGAAAGGACUCAUACCUAAGAGAAAGUCUAUGAAUAUAUGGAUAUUGGAGGAGCCUUUCAUGGACGUAUGAGUGCACAUGGAGAGAGAGGGCAUACAAGUAAAUGUGGAAAAGCAUUCAGAUGUCCCAUUUCCUUGGAAAGGCCAUGGAAAAAACUCAAAGUGGAGAAAAUUCUACUGAAUGUAAAUAAUGGAGAAAACCCUUCAUUUGCCUUAUAUCCCUACAAGAGAAUGUGUACUGGACAGCUACUGUAAUACACUGAGGACAAACUUAAAUUUUAACAAGUACUUUCACAGUAGCCUGAAAACUGCACUGGAAGGAAAUCAUAUUCUUAUAACUAGUACAUGAAAGCCUAAUGCAAAUUAAUUCAUAUACUCCGCAAAAUUCACAACAUAAGAGAAAUGCUAUAAGCAUCAGACAUCUAUAGUCACUGUGACUGACCUAUUCUUAAAGUGAUUUUCUGUGGUAUGGAGUUCCACUUAAAUUUGCAAGUAAA